AUGGAUCAUUUUGCUCUUACCUUUCGUCCUAAGCAAGGCUUUCCUGUUCCUCAAAGACAGGUAUCAAAUACUAUUCAACCUCAAUUGCCCAUAAUCGAUGAACAUGCUAUUUCGGCUGUCGGGCCCUCCAGCGAAGUUAACUAUCCCCCUGGUACCUCAGACGUUGUCGGCGCAAACGGCGGAGCCCCUGCCUAUGCCAUAGAUCCCACCGACGCGAUCUUACCAUCUACCUCUCUGAGCCCACCAGCAUCUACAAAAGCAUUAUCUGCUCAACCAAUCUCGGUCAGAAUACCUGCUACCAACGCUAUCUGUAAAUCUUGGUGUGAAUAUACAACGGAGUAUUUGUCGUACGAUCCUACAAUAGGCAUGCAAGUCUUGCCGAUCCCAGUCGAUCUGCUGGCUGGAUUCAUCAUCCAAGAAGCUAUGAAAGCGGAUACUCCUCUACCAAAGCUUGCUCAUAUCUGUUUGGUUAAAUACUCUUGCUAUGGAAAAGGAUCACGUGAAUCGGAAGUUGUGAAAAUGGUUUGGGAGUUGGUUCACAGGGAUUUACAUCAAUAG